GUUACCCACAAAAAAAUGACAAAUGUGUAAAAGAGAAUCUGCUAUGAAAAGGUGACUUGAACAAUUAUGUCUCUACAGUCUCUAAGGAGACUCUCAAAUAUAGAGUAGUUUUUUAUGUGGCACUGUCCCAAAUUUGCGUUCGCAGUAAAAAGAUAACAUUUGACGUUUGUUGAAAACCAUUGUAAAGAAAACGGAAAAGCUUCGAAUGAAAAUGGAUCAUUCCAUGUCGUUUCAAUUCCCUUAUCUCUACGGAUUGUUACUAGUUUUUAUGUUAAUAGAGCAUUGUUUUGAUAUGUAUUUGAAUUUACGUCAAUACUUUCAUUUAAAAAAAAAGCAGCUGCCCGAUUCUUUAAGAAAAUAUGUUGAUGAUAACAAAUUCGAUUUAUCAGUAGAUUAUUCUUUAGAUAAACUGACUUUUGGCACUCUUACUGCUUGUGUAUCUUUUGUUAUUAAAUUCGCUCUCUAUAUCACGUUUUUUUUCCCUUGGCUUUGGAGCGAAUCGGGAAGAUUAUUACUCGAAAACUUUGGUAUUGUGUCGGAAUAUUAUCAAUCUAUCCUUUUCGUGUUCCUUUAUGUCAUUGGAGAGCGUUGUCUUUGUAUCUUAUUUGAGUUUUAUCAUGACUUUGUUAUAGAAGACCGUCAUGGAUUUAACAAAAAAACUGUUAAAGUGUUUCUUUUAGAUGAAAUCAAAACUUUUUUUAUUUCCAUGUCCAUCGGAAAUAUUUUUCUAGUUUUGGUUAUUUGGGUUAUUCAUUGGGGUGGCAAAACAUUUUAUUUUUGGUUAUGGGGACUUACAAUGGCAUUUUCGUUUGUUAUGCUAACUGUGUAUCCGAAUUUUAUAGCUCCACUUUUCAAUAAAUUUGAAGAUUUAAAAAAUCAGUCAUUAAAAGCGAAAAUUGAAACAUUGGCUGGUUCUAUUCAAUAUCCAUUAAAACGUAUUUAUCAAAUGGACGCUUCAACGCGCUCAGCUCACAGCAAUGCUUAUUUAUAUGGUUUUGGAAAAAAUAAACGAAUUGUUUUAUUUGAUACACUUUUAGAAAGUAAUGAAGAUCAGAUUUUAGCCGUUGUAGGUCACGAGUUAGGUCAUUGGAAGUACAGUCAUACAUUAAAGGGAAUAGCGUUAUCAUCCGUUCAAAUGUUUAUAAUGUUUUAUCUCUUUGGAUUGGUCUUUUAUAACCCUUAUAUGUAUACAGAAUUCGGAUAUAAGGAAAAUGAAACACCUGUGGUGAUUGGAUUGUUUAUAUUUAUGAAUAUUUUCAAACCGGUCAGCAUUCUUACCUCCAUUCUUUCAACAUGUUUAAGUCGACGUUAUGAAUUUCAAGCGGAUAAAUAUUCAGCUGUCGACUUGAAAAUGAAUAAAGAUUUAAGACACGCAUUAAUUGAUUUACAAGUGAAAAAUUUAUCUGCUUUUUCUGUGGAUUCUUGGUAUGAGUGGUUUAAUUACAGUCAUCCGCAUUUAGUCAAGCGAUUGGAAGCUUUAGAACAUUAUGAAGAAAAAUCAUGUUAGUUAUAAGAAAUAAGUUUCAUGAUUGGGCGAGGUGUCUUAAUAUUUGUUAAAAAAACAAACAUUAACACAUUUGUAUGUGACAACACAAAAGAACAAUGUAUUUUUUUUUUUUUUGCAAAACAAUAUUUAAUUUACAUAUUUAA